AUGGAGUUGUCAGUGAUCUUGAUCAGCUCUUUCGCCAUGAUGAGUAUGGAGGGUUCAAAUGCGCAGCAGACCUACGAUUGUGGGGUAGCUCCCCUAAACACACGUAUAGUGGGCGGCACAGACGCCCCUGCGGGUAACUGGCCCUGGCAGGUCAGUAUACAUUUCGAUGGCAGACACAUCUGUGGGGGAACCCUGAUCAACAACCAGUGGGUGAUGACGGCUGCUCACUGCAUCGUCUCGACUAACAUCAACAGAUGGACGUUGUACUUGGGAAGAGAAACCCAGAGCACGUCUGUUGCCAACCCAAAUGAAGUGAGAGUUGGUAUUCAGUCCAUCAUCGUCCAUCCAAAGUACAACAACAGCCUUAGUAAUAAUGACAUCUCCCUGAUGAAACUGAGUGAACCUGUGACCUUCUCUCCAUACAUUCGUCCGGUCUGCCUGGCAUCUAAAGGAAGUGUCUUUCACAACGCCACAACUUGCUGGGCUACCGGUUGGGGAAACAUUGGCAAAGGCCAGGCGUUGCCGGUUCCUAAGACACUGCAGGAGGUGGAAAUCCCAGUUGUGGGCAGCUCACAAUGUAGCUGCCAGUAUAGGAAUGUGGCUGGUAUUACAAUCACACCACAGAUGAUUUGUGCAGGGAGAACAGGCAAAGGAAUCUGUCAGGGAGAUUCUGGAGGUCCGAUACAGUGCAAACAGGGUUCUGUGUGGGUCCAGGCUGGGAUCUCGAGUUUUGGGACGAGCCUGGGCUGUGCCAUAAAAGAUUUUCCAGAGGUGUUUGCACGUGUCUCCGAGUUCAACACUUUUGUCACAGACAACAUGCAGGGAGCCGCCAUUGGCCUUGUGACCUUUACAUCCAACGGCACAGACGGCAGCUUCACAUGCUCAGCCACACUUCACUUCUCACUCUACUCUAGUUUUAUCAUUCUCUUCACUGCACUCAUCUCAAACUUCCUCACACAUUCAUUAGUCACUUAGUCACUAACAACAGACUCAGAUAUGCAUGCAGAUCUGAACUAACAGGUUAAGGGGGAAAUGAAUGUGUGACAGAGAAAAUACACAGUGAAA